AGGUGUCACAUUUAUAGCAUCUGACUCAGUCACUGACGAUGAACAAAUACAGGAAGCAGUUGGCAGAGCAGUUCCUGAGUCAGGCCCUGAGCAUCAUCUGCCUGCUGACCGGAGAGGAAUAUGCCAUUGUAAAGAAGAAUUCUCUCCAUAGCAGAAUUAGCCAGCAGAGCAGAGAGGUGCCUAUAAAGUGUGAUGAUGUUGCAGUGUAUUUCUCUAUGGAGGAGUGGGAGUAUAUAGAGGGACACAAGGAGCUUUACAAGGACAUCAUGAUGGAAACUCACCAAGCAAUAAGGACUAUAGAGAUCCCAGGAAACGAGAACUCGGAACUAACAGGUCACAGUGGUGAAAAUCUAGACACAGGAGCACAUGCAGAAGUUGUACAGAAUGUUCAACCAGUGAAGACCCCAUCAGACGUCUCUGCAGAACUAACAGGUCACAGUGGUGAAAAUCUAGACACAGGAGCACAUGCAGAAGUUGUACAGAAUGUUCAACCAGUGAAGACCCCAUCAGACGUCUCUGCAGGUGAUGUUAAUGCUGAUGUAGCUAAUCAGACAGAAGAUCUGGGUGUAACGUGUCAGCUGGAAGUUUAUGAGCAGCAAAUGUGUGACAGCAGCAGUGCAGAAGAAACAGAAGAUCAAUGGCUGAGAAAUGUGCCUGAAACUCCAGAGCAGGAAAUAUAUGACAAUAUUAAUGCAGGUGACGUUAAUACUGAAGUUACACUUAAUUCUAAACAAAUUGAUGAUCUGUAUCUCAAGCCUCACCUGGAAUCUGUGAAGCAGGAAAUCAGUGACAGUAUCAGUACAGAUGAUGUUAAGACUGAAGUUAAUGCUGAACAAACAUAUGAUCUAUAUGUAGAGAGUCAGCUGGAAGCUGUAAAGCAGGAAAUUGGUUACCAUAUCAAUACAGGUGGAUUCACAAACUGCAAUAAUCCUAGUUAUGAUCAGAAUGCAGAUACUUCUUUCAAUCUUUUCCAAAAUCAAAGAAGCCAUGUAGGAAAUAUAUGUUCUGAAUGUGGGAAAUGUUUUAUUUACAGAUCAACUCUUAUUACUCAUCAAAAAUCUCAUACAGGCGUUAAAACCUUUUCAUGUUCUGAUUGUGGCAAAUGGUUUACCUAUAAAAAUAAUCUUGUUACCCAUCAGAAAAUCCAUACAGGAGAGAAACGAUUUUCAUGUUCUGAAUGUGGGAAAUGUUUUAACAAGAAAUCAAAUCUUAUUGUCCAUCUGAAAAUUCAUACAGGAGAGAAAAGAUUUUCAUGUUCUGAAUGUGGGAAAUGUUUUACCUAUAAAUCAACUCUUAAUAAUCAUCUGAAAAUUCAUACAGGAGAAAAAGCAUUUUCGUGUUCUCAAUGUGGGAAAUGUUUUAGUCUGAAAUCAUAUCUUAUUAACCAUCAAAACAUUCAUGCGAGAGAGAAAGCAUUUUCAUGUUCUGACUGUGGGAAAUAUUUUGCUCGGAACGCAUAUCUUAUUAAGCAUCAGAAAAUUCAUACAGGAGAGAGAGAAUUUUCGUGUUCUGAUUGUGGGAAAUCUUUUACUUUGAAAUUACAACUUAUUAAUCAUCAAAAAAAUCAUAUUAAAGAGAAAACAUUUUAAUGUUUUGAAUGUGGGAAAUCACAUCUUAAAGGGACCUUAAAUACUGAGA